GAAUAAUAAUGAUUAAACAUUAUGAUAAAGAACAGUUAUGUUGCGUCUGUUAAGCCGUUGGAACAUCGGAUUCCUUUUCAGUCGCCAAUACUGUUUUGCAGAGAAGACCAAAAUGAGUAGACUGUUUACUUCGUGUUUAUCUCUGUUUUCUUUAUCUCUGGCCACCGCAGUAGCAGCCGCAACAUUUUAUGGAAACGAUGUAGACACCGGAGUAUCACCAAGCCUCUUCAAUCUCAUCGACAUCCCAUUCCUCGGAAAUCUGUUCCGGAGACAAUGCCCACUAUGCGAUUCAUCCGUUUACAGUUACUGCUCAGAAAAGUUACUGCAUGAUUCCUGCUGUUGCCGGAAUACCAAUAACCCAUAUGCUGUUGUACCCCACCAAUGUUAUUAUGCAGAUUGCAGUUUCCUCCACGCGAACAGCUGCUCAGAACACAAACUCAUCUCUGCUUGCUGCUGUACGGGCCGAUGACUCCUAGUCAUCUAAAUGACAACUACACGCCCGUUGUAAAUAUGUUGGAUUACUUAUUAUUUAAUUCUAUUGGAGGUUGAGUGAGAAUAAACAUGUAACUAC